GGGUCUCAGUCUCUCACCCUCACUCGCGCUCUCGCUCCACUCCACGCACAUGGACCCAGCAUCAGACGAGUGGGAGCUCUGCAACGACGAUGGCUUUAUUUACAAGCGGAAGAAGCGGCGGCUCGCCGAACCAUCAGCCUCUCAACCCACAGAUCCUGAAGAAGAAGAAAGGCACCGAAAAGAACGCAAGAGAAAGGCCUUGUUGAAGCUCAAAAAACACUACCAGAAAGAAAUCAGUCAGUGGGAACUUUUGUCUAGUACUUUGCAUGCAAUGCAAGAGAAGACGCAAGAUAAAAGACUCCAGAACGUUGAAGAAACGCCGUCGUUUCUGGAUUCGGGUUCGAACCUCGUUGAGGAGACUGAAACGGGUUGUGGGUCAGUAGUCGAUGAGCUCCUUUUGCAGGUAGAAGCUCAGGAAGCAAUAAUUCAUGAUGUUUCGAAUUUGUGCGAUGUGGCGGAAGCAAUGUGCAAUGCACAAGAGGAACAGUUAAAUCAAUCCUUUGUCAAUCUUCCUGUCUGGUCUUCACCGCGUGAGCUUAUGGCUUCACUUUGUGACAAUUAGGUUACUUCUGGAGUGUUAGUAUAUGGAGGGUGGUCUUUAACUGUAAUGAAUACAUUAUGAAAGAACCUGGAUGAUAGUAUAAAUCUUCUAGUUGAUUUUUUAUUUUAUUUUUUUCUUCUUUGUAUGAUCUAUGAUUUAGGAGGUGUUGUAUCUGAUUGAUGAAGGAGAGAUAGGUAGGGUGAGAAAAUUG